UGUCACCGUCUCACCAGAAACGAAACAAAAAGCCCCACCACCUAAACCUCCUCGAUCCGACCGAGACUCCUCCAUUUCAGCGGCGCACGCGGAGAGCACGCGACGCGAGUUCGUCGACGAACAAGGCUAGUGCAGUAGUUGUUGCUGCGGAGAUGGCGGCGAACCUGGAGGACGUGCCGUCGAUGGAGCUGAUGACGGAGCUGCUCCGCCGCAUGAAGUGCAGCUCCAAGCCCGACAAGCGCGUCAUCCUCGUCGGUCCACCUGGCUGCGGAAAGGGAACACAGUCACCGCUGAUUAAGGAUGAAUUUUGCUUGUGCCAUUUAGCCACUGGUGAUAUGUUGAGGGCUGCAGUGGCUGCUAAAACUCCACUUGGGAUUAAGGCUAAAGAAGCUAUGGACAAGGGAGAGCUUGUUUCUGAUGACUUGGUUGUUGGGAUUAUUGAUGAAGCCAUGAAGAAAACUUCAUGCCAGAAAGGUUUUAUCCUUGAUGGUUUCCCUAGAACUGUUGUUCAAGCACAGAAGCUUGAUGAAAUGUUGGCCAAACAAGGUACUAAGAUUGACAAGGUUCUAAAUUUUGCAAUUGAUGAUGCAAUACUGGAAGAACGAAUUACCGGUCGUUGGAUCCACCCAUCAAGUGGUAGAUCUUAUCAUACAAAAUUUGCUCCUCCUAAGACUCCUGGACUUGAUGAUGUUACUGGAGAACCCUUAAUUCAAAGGAAAGAUGACACAGCUGCAGUAUUGAAGUCAAGGCUUGAAGCCUUCCACGUACAAACUAAGCCUGUGAUUGACUACUACACCAAGAAGGGCAUAGUCGCAAAUCUGCAUGCCGAAAAACCACCAAAGGAAGUGACUGUUGAGGUCCAGAAAGCCCUAUCAUAAACUGCCAGUUCUUCAGCCUAUAAACAUGACAUGUGCCGAAAACCCCUUACACUGGGUUUUCUAGAUGUUUAAACUGCUGCCAACACCAUGUGGUUUUCAUUUUGAUUUGCUGUAUGGCGCAAUUGCUCCAUUUUAUCACAGUUUUCGCUUCACAGUCUGAAAUUUGUCAAAAUAAUUUGUUGGAAUGAGGAAAGAAGUUUUGUAUACCAACACCGAUAUAAUUACAUCAAGUCAAUCUUGACAGGGUAUUCCUUCUGUUCAUCUUAA